AUGACGGACGCGACGGUUCCGCGAAUCAGUGGCAUGAUAUGGAUGCGUCUUGUCGGUAUAUUACGUGUUUGGCACAGUCGGUACGUCCGCCCCGUCGGAUCCGUCGCUGGAGCAGCUGUUGUGACUGCUGACGGUAUUUUACGAUACCAGAAAAAAACGGAUGCUGACAGCAAGAAGACCAAAAAAAUCGAUUUGGUCAAGGCAACUUUCCCUACUACUACUAUUGCAAAAGCUAAUGGUUACUACUAUUUUGAGCUACAAUACGAAUCUACACAAGUGGCCAUUGGAUUUCCUGUAUUACAAGAAGCUCAAUUAUGGUUGAGUCAAAUGAUGGAAGCUGUUGAUGAAAAUAGUGCUGGUCGACGAGCAUGGAUUGCAAACUUACGUAAAAUGUUGACGCUUCAAUUACGUGAUCGACGUGAACUCGUGCCAGUCAUGGCGGAUCGAGAUUGGUUCAGUGAGUGGAAUUACUGUCUACGGUCAUUGAAAAAUGAGAAAGAACCGGUUGCUAUACGUCAGAGACGACUAAGACGGCUGUAUACGAUUUGGCUACAAUUCGAGUUGUUUACCGAGCUUCUGGCCGAGAUCUUCUUUUGGUCAGUUCGGCAGCGAGAUGCACGAGGUCUUGCUCGGAUUGAAUCAUUUGAAUGCGCUGCAAGUGACUUUGCUGUGAAUGGUGGUAAUGAGCUAAACCCAAUUGAGUUGUCUCAUGUGGUUGAGCCCAAGGAAACAGCACACUCCAGAUUACUGGCGUCUACGCUAUCACUUCCUACCACCGGACCAACUUUUUCAGGCAACGAACGUGACCUUGGAGUGGAGACUUUGUAUGCGGUGCAUGACGAUGUGGACAAAAUGAAGCUCGCUGGUAUUCGCUUGGAGUUUGCGUCAAAGAGUUGGCAAGGACAUAAGCGGUUGGCCAAAGAAACAGCUCUACUUGCAAAGUUUCGUUCACUCAUUGAGCUUUUUCUUUCGGAAAGCACGACGGAAAGUGGCAAAUUGCCACCGUCAUUGCAAGCAGUAUUUUCGAAGCUCCCAACUUUCCCCCUUGUCUCUGCGUUUUCGAUACGAGGUGUGAGCGUGGUGGCAAUCGCUGAACCACUGAACAGUAAACGAUCGAUACUCACAACGAUCGACAAUCGUGACCUUGCCGGAUUGAGUAUGGCUCUGCGCGAAGCCAAAAUGCUCCGGUACUUCCCAUACAAGGAGCUGCCCGAACUUAUUGCUCGGAAACUUUCUAAUAAUGCCGAGUCCACGUUGGUAAGGAUACAUUCACGCUAUGAUGAUGUGCUGGUGAAUUCGUUACGAUCACCGAUGGCAUAUGGAGUGCUGAUUCGUGCGGUACAUGGCGCAAGUAAAAAUAUAAGCCGAGUUGAAAUGCUGUCUGCUCAUGACGUGAAAGAUCUCGUGCAUACGUUAGAGCCACGAUGGGUUCCGUACCUGGAUCUGGUUUAUUAUCAAUUAGUCAAUGAAACAUCUCUCGUCGAGAAUUUAGCUGCCAGCGAAUUUCUUCUGAUGGCCUCGACAUUCAAUUAG